UCUUCCGAAUACACAAGCUCUGUCGCACAUCCCAUUUCUGUAGGCAUGGAGGUUGUCCCUACCAAAACCCACAUAGCCCUCCUAGCCAGCCCCGGCACAGGCCACCUCAUCCCGGUCCUCGAACUCGGCCAGCGUUUUGCCAUCCACCACGGCUUCCUCGUCACCAUCUUCGUUGUGACCACUGAUGCCUCCGCCACCCAGUCCCAGCUUCCCCACUACUCCUCCUACAAAGACCUCCUCGACAUCGUCUUCCUCCCGCCAGUCGACGUCUCGGACCUUGUGACUGACUCGAUGGCAAUCCUCUCGCAACUUGUUCUCAUAAUGCGCCACGCCAUGCCGAUCCUCCGCACAAAGGUCACGGCAUUGAAGCCGCGCCCCUCGGCCCUCGUGGCCGACAUCUUCGGGACCGAGGCUUUCGAGAUCGCUGACGAUCUCGGCAUGUUGAAGUACAUGUUCAACACCACUAACGCAUGGUUCCUUGCCCUUUCGUUAUACUAUCCGCAUCAAGAUGAAGCCAACAAACACGACCACGUCUAUCACCAUGCGCCGCUAAACAUCCCGGGAUGUGCGUCGCUUGAGUACGCAGACACGGUUGACCUGUACUGGCAAUCGGAUGACCGGGUCCUUCACGACGAUUAUGUGAAGAUGGGGCUCGAUAUGGCAAAGGCUGAUGGGAUAUUAGUGAACUCGUGGGAGUAUUUGGAGCCCAAGACGUUGAAAGCAUUAAGAGAUCCGAACUUGCUGAGCCGGUUCAGCUCGGUCCCGGUCCAUCCAGUUGGUCCAUUGAUUCGGCCGGUCCAACCGGUUGGAAAUUCGGUCUCCAGGAGCACGGCACUUGAGUGGCUGGACUUGCAACCCGCCGAGUCAGUGCUUUACGUGUCGUUUGGCAGUGGGGGGACCCUGUCGGCUGAUCAGCUCACGGAGCUGGCUUGGGGCUUGGAGCUGAGCCAGCAGAGAUUCGUUUGGGUGGUCCGACCACCGAUCGAGAGUAGCGCGUUCGGGGCAUACUUUCGUCAGGAGAAGAGGACCGAGGACGGGACACCGGAUUACCUCCCCGAUGGUUUCGCGACUAGGACCCGCAAGGUGGGCCUUGUGUUGGAGAUGUGGGCCCCGCAGACCGAGAUCCUGGCCCAUGAGUCGAUCGGAGGAUUCCUAUCGCACUGCGGAUGGAAUUCGACACUGGAGAGUUUGAUCAAUGAGGUGCCCAUGGUAUGUUGGCCUCUAUAUGCUGAGCAGGGCAUGAACUCGGCCAUGCUGGCCGACCACCUAGGGAUGGCCGUUCGCCCAAAGGGGGUGGUGCCCGGCGGGGUUGUCGCGAGGGAGGUGAUCGAGAAGGCGAUAAGGAGGGUGAUGGAGAAGGAUGAGGAGCCCGGGAAGUUGGUGAGGGCGAAAGUGCUGGAUCUCAAGCGCAGCGCAGAAGCGGCUCUAGCCAAGGGCGGCUCGUCCCACGGCUCGCUCGAGCGGGUGGCUAAGGAGUGUGAAACAGGCCUACGAGAAAGGGCCCGAGGGGCUUAG